CCGUGCUAUUUUACGUUGCCUCAGAGACGGCCAGUCAAUGGAGUCAAGCGGUCACGCCAACGCGAUAACACUAGUGACAAACGAGGCCGUAGCCGAUUUAAAGAGGGUUUUUUUUUAACUUAGACUAGAGCCUCGGUCGCUGAUGAAUGCUUUCUAAUCUGCCAUGAGCGCGGGAGAAUAGUUUUACGUCCACACAACUGGCUCGUUUGCUCCGUGUCAACACAAAGGCCCGUGUAGCUGGUGAGCUCCUCCAGCUAGCGAGUGAAUUUUAACGCCAACCUCAGCUGCAAGCAAAUUAACAGGCGUGUUUUCUUGUUUUUAAUGUUUUAUCUACAGCGCGUUUAAUCUGCUCCACCGCAACAAGACGAGCACUUGAGGUGGUUUGUUGUUUUGUUUCUCUCUCUCUCUCUCACGAUAAUGGCGGAACAGAGCGCAGUUGUCAUGCAGCAGAAUUUGGACAGGAGCUGCUGGGUGUGCUUCGCCACAGACGAGGAUGAUCGCACGGCUGAGUGGGUGCGUCCGUGUCGUUGCCGCGGCUCUACCAAGUGGGUUCACCAGACCUGCCUGCAGCGCUGGGUGGACGAGAAGCAGCGGGGCAACAGCACGGCACGUGUGGCCUGCCCACAAUGCAACGCAGAAUACCUCAUCGUCUUUCCCAAACUGGGUCCCGUGGUUUACGUGCUGGACCUGGCUGACCGGCUCAUCUCUAAAGCCGGCCCUUUCGCUGCUGCCGGCAUCAUGGUGGGCUCCAUCUACUGGACUGCUGUCACCUACGGAGCUGUCACUGUCAUGCAGGUGGUGGGCCAUAAGGAGGGCCUGGACGUUAUGGAGAGGGCGGACCCUCUGUUCCUGCUCAUCGGCCUGCCCACCAUCCCUGUCAUGCUGAUCCUCGGGAAGAUGAUCCGCUGGGAGGACUACGUCCUGCGUCUGUGGAGGAAGUACUCCAACAAACUGCAGAUCCUCAACAGCAUCUUCCCAGGUCGGGACAGUCUCUGGUGUGUUCCUCGCAUCCCGGCAGAGGCCAGCCCCCUGGCAGACCACGUGUCGGCCACGCGGAUCCUGUGCGGCGCUCUGGUCUUCCCCACCAUCGCCACCAUCGUGGGGAAGCUCAUGUUCAGCAGCGUCAACUCCAACCUGCAGAGGACCAUCCUGGGAGGUAUCGCUUUUGUGGCCAUUAAGGGGGCGUUUAAGGUGUACUUCAAACAGCAGCAGUACAUGAGGCAAGCCCACCGCAAGAUCCUCAACUUCCCCGAGCAGGAGGAGGCCUGAGGAGGCGCCGCUGUCCAGAGUGAGGACGGCUGGACGAACCGCACACACCUCUCUGCCGGAGGGGGGGAGGGGAGGGGAGGGGAGGGAGGAUAUGAACCAUGGGACUCGCUGGUGAAACAGACUUAGGAUCACCCCCUUACUCACCUACACCUCCCCCCUCCCACACCUCUCUCCUCUCACCCCCUCCAGUGUGAUUCAUGGCACCGCCGCUGACGCCCAUGCAAGGAUCCCCCGCCACCGCACAUUGUUUUUAAACUUUUGACGCUUUCGUGAGGCGAGGACGGAUAAGACUUGUGGACACUGGAGCAUGUUUGCAGACACACACACACACACACACACACACACACACACACACACACACACACACACACACACACACACACACACACACACACACACACACACACACACACACACACACACACACACCAGAGAACACACCUCCUUCCCAAGAACUGGUGUGGUGUGACUGAAGGGCGGAUGUGCUUCUACAAUCACAUAACUAACAUUUAUUGUAAACUUACUGUAUUUUAAAGGAAAACCAAAUGCGGGGCAUGUGUAAUUAGAAAGUUUUAUAAUAAUAAUUAAUAAUAAAUAAUUGUUUUAUAAUGUUUAUUUUGCAGAUUUGAAAAAGCCCCCUUUUGCCAAUGUUGGGAGGGGGGGGUAACAUUGAAUGAAGAAUAAUGUUCAGUGUGUGGAAUGUAUUAAUGAUGAAACAAUAAAAUGUGUUUAACAGUUGUGAAUCAUAAUGCAGUAACAUCGGCCACAAGCAGGAAGCAUGAAAGGGUUAAUGUGACACACACUGACUACAGGUAGGAAGAUGGCAUAGAGCCAUUUGUUUUUAUUUGAGGGGUGUUUCUGUUCUUUGUUCUCAUGCCUUGGCAGUGUUCACGUUGAUGUCCGCAGCCAUUUUACGCAACGCUCUUACGUGAUGUGUUUCAAAGCUUCACCAGCCAUCACAGUGCCCCCCCCCCCAGGUUGGGUCGAGCUCCUGUUGCCGUGAGACUGUCUCCAACAGACUGGUGGAUGGAUAAUAUAGACGCCUAUGUCCUUUUUUUUUUUUUUUUUUGCAGUCACAAAGCAUUUUGAAAGCUUCAGGUCACAUGAUGUUCGACGCAGCACUUUUCACUGGGAGAUGUGAAACGAACAUUUCAAUCUGGACUUCAGCUGUUGGGUUUUUUUUUUUUUUUUUUUUUAUACAAUUCCCCUUUUUAACCCCAAACAUGUGAUGGUCCGACUCGUUGCCUGAGUGCGGACCGGAGCUCGGGUCAGACUGUGCUGCCGAGGUCAUUAUCAUGCAGACAGUGACACUUUGGACACUGGUAACUGAAUGAGUCACAGGGAGCGGUUGACAUUUUGGCAGGACUUUGGGGAAAAUUAAAGGGUCAGUUCAACCAAAUGAGAAAAAGCCAUAUUUCCCUUAUUUACUGCUAGUGGUAUCUAGGUUUUAUUUGUCUAUACCACAAUUGCAUUUCCCGAAAAUAUCAUUUUUGGUGUAAUUCGGGACCAUUUCUUUAAAAUGUAAUAUUUAAAUGCUGUUACAAUAGAAAAGUUUUAUUUGUUCAGACUUUGAGGUUUCUAUUACUAUCCCAACACAAAGUUAGAGGUAUAUGUGAAAAUGGGGCUCUUUGUAAUUCCAGUGAACUGACUCUUUAACAUACCUGAUAGUAAGUAGGUGUGUUUUAAAUCAUUAGGAGCAUGAUGUGAGUAUCAAUUCCACGUUUUCAUGUGACGUUCAUAAGAGAAUUAAGCCCUAGGUUGCUGUGUUCUACCUCUCUAAAUGAACUAGGAAACGUCAGUAUGUGACCUUCUGUGGCGAGAGACGACGUAUAGCCAACCACUUGGAAUAUUUAACCUGCACAUAUAAACUGUGCCUGCUUUACAACGUCCUCCUACAACCUGCACAACAUCUGCUUCCCCCUGCACAUUCACUGUAAAGUCUCCACUCUGCCAAAAGAGGAUGUUGAAGUCUGAACCGUGUUGUACAGACCGUUGUCUGAGUCUAGAGCUCUAUGGUAUCAGUUCUGUGAAUAAAUGUAUUUUUCCAACA